CCUUACUUAUAAAAAUCCACUAAUCAACAGCUAAGCAACUAAUUAACUAAUAACUCAUUAACUCCUUAAUUAUCAAUUAACUAUUUCUUACUUAUAAACACUGUUUACACGUCACUUAACUAAGCAAUGGUUAAAUAACGUUUUUAUUUUAUACGCUGCCAAUACCAAACGUAUAGCUACAUUGUGAUGGUAAAAUUCCUGUUAUCCAAAGAGAAAUUAAAAAAUCAUAACGUCAAAAUUCUAAAUUGUGUCAAAUAUUGUCAAAAGAGUGGUAAUUUCAAAUUUUUUGGUGUUGUAUAAAUAUACAGCGGUGUGGUGUUUUUGUUGUGUUAGUGAUAUAAUGGAAUUGAAAUCCGCUAAGAAAAGGGCCCGAUCUUCAAACUGGGAUGAAGAAGAAAAGAGAAUCUUAAGACAACUUAUAAUGGAGAAAAUUGAUAUUAUAGAAAAAAAAGACACUACUACAAAUACCAAUGCAAAGAAAAAAGCUGCUUGGCAAGAAAUAUUGUCUAGUUUUAAUAGCCUUAAUAAAAAGCCCAGGGAUAUGACACAAAUUGUCACCCAGUGGCGUAAUACAAAAGGCCUAGUUAAAACUAGAGAGUCGGAGUAUCGGCGGGCCAGGCAGAUGACUGGUGGAGGACCUCCACCACCAAGUCCGCCACAAGAAGAUCUCGAACUAAUUCAGUCAUUGCCUAAUGAGUUUGUGAUUGACAGUAAUGUUUUUGAUAGUGAUAGCAUAUUUAUUGAAACAAUAAAACAGGUAUGCAUGUAUAGUUUGAUUUCAUAUUGUCGCAUAGUAUGAUUUAUUUAUUUAUACAUUAUAAUAAUUGUCCA